CGUAGUAAAUUUCAUUUGGCUUUGUUUUAGAUUUCGGCGAGAAGAUAUUGUUAUUUUUAUAAACAUUUAAUAUUUUAUAAAGAUGGCAGACUCCGACGAUGAAUAUGAUAGGAAAAGACGUGACAAGUUUAGAGGUGAAAGAACAGAAUCUUAUUCACGAGAAGGACGUAGGGAUGAUCGUAGGCGUGAUGAUUGGGUAGAUAGAGAUUGGUCUAGUCGUCCUAGACAGCGUCCUGAUUAUCGAGAUUAUCGAGGUGGAGGCAGUGGAGGACGUGAUCGUUAUAGUCCUGCAAGGUCUCAAGAAAUGGCACCGCCUAUGAAACGAAUGCGAUUUGACUGGGAUGACAGACCGCGAUAUGGACACGAUUAUUAUGGUGGUCGAAAUGAUGGUGGCAGUGGUGGAGGUGGUGGUGGUGGUGGUGUCGAGAAGUAG